CCAAGUAACAGCGCGUUCCCGCGGCUGCUCGGAGCUAAUGUAAAUAGUUUAGUCAGAAAUUCCCCUGGAAUAAAUGUAUAUUGUUGCAUACGAGUGGAUGACGGAAAAUCUGGUUUUGGUAAACCAUGGAUCCGGUCUUGGACUACAGUUUUCAUGACUUGUUGGAAGCAUAAAGCGGGUUCCGGUGGCGAUAUUUUUUUCUGUCAGGAAGUUUGACGUUUUCGGCUGAAGAUUAUUUCUUUCUUUGUUUUGGUUGAAGGAAGUUUUAUUGGACAACCUUUUGCCACAGAAAGCACACGAAAGCUUUGUGUCUCUUUUCAUUUUUCAUUAUUAAGUCUGUUAAUAUUUUAAAUGAAUCCUCCUUGUUAAACUGAUUGAGUCCGAAGUUACGUGAAGUGUAAACAUCUAAGUUAAUGUUUGGUUUUGCUGCACAGUUUUACGCAAAUGUUUAGUUUUGAGGCCACGUGUUUCAUAAAAGUAGGGAAAUAGUUGCAUAUUUUUGGUUAAAGUCCGCGUGUUUGGGUCACUUUGUUGCAAGCUUGAAGCCCAUUAUAUCGAGCAUUGAAUCAAAUUCCCUUCUGCUGUUGUCACAGGCCACAAAUGGGCCUUUUUGUUUAAUGUUCAGUUUGCAAUGCGGUGCAAGUGUAUGCACGUCAGUCUUAAAAGUAAAGAUUUUUCUGGCCUAGAGUUUUUCGUACUCCAACCUGGCAAGUCAGAGAAGGAAAAUCUGCAAACUUAGCAGGAAGAGAGACCAUCAAAUCACGGAAAUCGUACGGUCUUUUCCUCUGGCGAACAGAUACUCACAAAUGGAUUUCAUACAGGCCAUACGCUUAUUGUUACACCUUAUUGGAUAGUUGUUCUUAUGUAAUAAGACUAAUGGAUACACCACCGUUUCUACAGACUGAAAGUGGUUGAAGUCGAGUUUUUUUCCUCUUAAAAUGUUUUGGAAAUUUAAGUUUUCCAAAGAUUGGAGGCUGCAGCUGAGCAGAAGUUUUGCUGGAGCGCGAGCAGUGUGAUGCACUCCUUUCCAUCGGACCAUUUUCUCUGUCAACACAAAGCUGUUUGAUGUGACCACUGGUGUUUUUACUACCUGGAAAGUACCUGUUUGUGCGCGUGCUUCAAUUUUCCGUUGUAGAAGACAACCCCCUGUUACCUGGGGGGGUCAGCCUCGCUAUGGCGCCCCCUCCCUCACAUACCCUCUCCCUGGUGUGUCGGUCUGACUAAUGCCAUCGAUGGACGUGAAGGAAACCUGGAAAUACUGCGUCAUCCCUACCGCGAGACACCGGUGACCGGAGUCAGCCGCACGCGGGAGAAGCCCAGACUUGCCCUGAUUAAGGUCGUCAAGGUAACAGGCUACCGACUGGUUGGCACAGCAGACACAAGCUUCUGAGGAAAGAUCUGGACACCACGUACACAAACACCGCCACAAUGAAUGAGAGGCAGGCUCUCCACUCCAUAAUGAAGGACUUGGUUGCUCUCCAAAUGACGCGGCGCCAGCCUCUGUCAUCAUACGAUAGUGGCAAACCCAAGACACCAUCCCAGAGCAACAGACAGGAUGAUGUCAGGAUCAAGUUUGAGUUCUCAGGAGAAAGGAGGAUCCUGAUGUUCGGACGGCCCGUGCAGUUUGAGGAAAUCCAGCAGAAGGUCAAGACUGUUUUUGGCCAGCAGCUAGACCUGAAUUAUAUGAACAAUGAGCUGUCGAUCCCUCUGCGAGAUCAGGAUGACCUUGACAAGGCCAUUGACCUGCUCGACCGCAGCUCCAACAUGAAGAGCAUCAGGAUCCUUCUGCUAACACAGGAACACAGUAAUGCCUCCUCCCCCUCACACCCUGUGUCAUGUAAGCAGGUGAGAAUUAAGUCCUCCCAGUCGACAGGAGAUGUUAGCACGGUAUAUCAAUCCCCUGAGCCCAGGGGGCGCCACCUAUCAACUGGUUCUCAGAACACGGGCCGUAGUUCACCGCCUCCUGGCUAUGUGCCUGAACGGCAGCAGAGGAUUGCCCGCCAAGGUUCAUAUACCAGCAUCAAUAGUGAGGGGGAGUUCAUCCCUGAGACCAGUGAUCAGUGUGUGCUGGAUCCCUGGAGCAGUGCAGAAAACUCUGUCUCUGGAAGCUGUCAGUCUCUGGACAGCAACUCGGACAGCCCCUCACUGAGGAAGUCUCGCAUGCACAGAGCCAAGAGUUACCCCGAUAAUCGUCAGGAGUGCUCAGACAGGGAGAAUCAUGUGUAUGACCGAGUAGCAGGGAAAGGAGGCACCUAUCCCCGUAGGUACCAUGUCUCCCUGCAUCAUAAGGACCACAGUGAAGGCCGUCGAACGUUCCCAAGGAUCCGUCGCCCGCAGGGGAACCUGUUCACUCUGGUUCCCUCUCGGCGGUCACUCAAUGGUAGCGAGGAGAGUCUUGGCAGCUGGCAGCUUGUGGAUGCGCAGGGAAGGCUCCGGCCUCAGGAACGAUCUGUUGCACACAAGUCACCCAGCGCCCCGAUGACGUGGCGGCGGGGGAAGCUCCUUGGCCAGGGAGCGUUCGGUCGGGUGUAUUUGUGUUAUGAUGUGGAUACUGGGAGGGAGCUGGCUGCCAAACAAGUCCAGUUUGAUCCUGAGAGUCCAGACACCAGCAAGGAGGUCGGCGCUUUGGAGUGUGAAAUCCAGCUGCUAAAAAAUCUGCAUCAUGAGCGCAUUGUUCAGUACUACGGCUGUCUGAGGGACCGCAAUGAGAAGACCCUCACUAUUUUCAUGGAGUACAUGCCAGGGGGUUCAGUCAAAGACCAGCUCAAAGCCUACGGGGCGCUGACAGAAAACGUGACCCGGAAAUACACGAGACAGAUCCUAGAAGGACUGUCGUACCUGCACAGCAACAUGAUCGUACACAGGGACAUCAAAGGUGCCAACAUCCUGAGGGAUUCAGCGGGCAAUGUGAAGCUCGGAGAUUUUGGUGCCAGCAAGAGGCUGCAGACCAUCUGCAUGUCUGGCACGGGCAUCCGCUCAGUGACUGGCACCCCCUACUGGAUGAGCCCGGAGGUGAUCAGUGGAGAGGGUUACGGCAGGAAGGCAGAUGUCUGGAGUCUGGGCUGUACGGUGGUAGAAAUGUUGACAGAAAAACCUCCCUGGGCUGAAUUUGAGGCCAUGGCCGCCAUAUUCAAGAUCGCCACACAGCCCACCAACCCUCUGCUGCCCUCGCACACCUCGGACCAGGCGCAGAACUUCAUCAGCUGCAUUUUUGUGGAGGCCAAACACAGACCCAGCGCAGAGGAGCUGCUCAGACAUCCCUUCUCCCAGAUUCUGUGCUGAUGAGCCUGCCUGGUUGGCACAGUCGCCUCAGCAGUAUCUGUAGCCUCUCUGAACACAUCCAGAGCAGGAAUGGAGACCAGGAAGUGGUCUAGAAGUCAGUGUUAUGUUAAACUUACCAAACUUUAGCAACUGUUCAAAUGAUUCAAUGAGAUCUUUGCACACAUCCAGACAUUUUACAUCAUCAGUGCCUUCGUGCCCAGCGACAGCCCUCAUGCUCACCAGUGGGGCAAACAAACAGACUAAGCAUCUGGUGGGCUGCUGAUCUGUCACACAAACACUCCUAAUGAUGCCCUCCAUCAUUUAUGCACCGGUUGUGUCUUUACAAAGUUUCCUCUCCAGAGUUUACUUUCUGUAGGAGCUUCAUAAACUUUUAGCUCAGCACCGGUUUAAAGCUACAGCAGCUUCAAUCUCAAGUUUGCCCAGUGGGGUUUAAACCCUGCUGGGAAGGGUUUUCUCCUUGUUUUUCACUCAUGUCUGUUUUUUUUAAAGAAAUUCCACUCUUGAACCCCAUGAAAGCCAAUUAAGCUAUUUCCGAUGCAGACUAGAUUUCUGACUGCAUGUUUGAAAGACAGAAGAGUAAUGUACACGUGUAGAGCAGCUACACUGGAGUUUAAUAGAAGAACAAUGUUUAGCUAAGUUUCCUUGUUUUUUGCAAUUAAGACAGCAUUGAGUCAAAAUUAACAAUACAACCUCUUCUACUGACAGCAUUCUUAGUGGACUAUAAUACACUGCAGCAUCACUCCUUCUAUUACUGUUAAAUUUGUGAUAAAGCAGCUCAGAAAUAUUUAUCUGAUGAUCCUGGAAAACUCAGAAGGAUGUCUAAGGGCCUGUGUCCACACCCCUAACAGGUUUAUGUUUUGGCAGUUAAAUUGAAUAGCAGACUGGCCAGAUUCCAUGUCUGUCAUCAGGUAGAUACAUCUUGCAAAGCUCCAAUCGAUUAAGCCCGUUCUGAGAAGGGACCUUACCAAUCAGCAUCAUUUUAGGAGAGAAGGAGGCGGGGUUUAGUUGCAAUGGAAUGCAGAUAGCGGUGGCUGUCGCCAGUGUAGCAUUUAGCCUUGCAGUUUUAUCAGAGCUGGACCACAUUUCUGUGUCAAAUAAAGAGCAAAGAACAGUGCAGAAAGAUUUUCAUGACAAAAAAAUGAAAACAGUAGAGAUUAAAUUCUGAGGUCCCCAAACCGGAAACCCUCCUCCCCACGACUGCACUUAAAAUUCAGCUAAUGUGACAGAACAAAUCAGAGAAUCAGAAACAAACAUCACACACGCUCGCUUUUGCAUUGGAGGAUGUGAGAUGAAAUAGCCUUGACUGUCAUUUACUACUGUAAAGAAUGAAACUACCAAUUUUUGGUGCCAACAGUACCUGAAUCCUUAUAAAUGAGGUGUAAUUGUGCCUAAAUUGUACACUCUGUCCUUGGCUUAAGUCUGUUUAAAAUUGCUUUCUAUAUCCUGAAUUUUUGAAUUAUUUAGGAAAUUUCACAAAGUUAAUAUUUCAAAAAGGAAAGGAAUUGUGUUGUCUGGAAACUUUACCCUAUAAGAAACAAGUGUGACAGUCAAUUGUUGUUAGAGGUCCACCUCCUUCUUGAUUUUGAUUGGUUGGUGGGGUAGAAGGACAUAGAAGUGCAGCAGUGGCCAAAAGUUUAACUAUUCAAAACUGUGAGAGGUCUCAGUGCAUAACACAGCUAAUGUGGCCAUAUUUUAACCUAGGAUGAUGAAAGUGGUGAAAAUGUUGACCUAUGUUGGUUUUGUGUAGAAAAUACGGACCUACCAGCUAGAAAACUGUGGCCACAAGCCUUAAGAAGAGAUAUAACUGGGCCAGAAUAAUGUAAACAUGCUGCUAAUAACCUGGACGAAAGACAUUUUACAUUUUUGCAAAACAAGUUUUUAUAUCCAAUUUUAUACUUUUGGAAAAAUAACUUUUUCAUAAAGUAGAGAAAUUUUCAGCUGUCAUUCUUAUUAUGAGUGAAAAACUGCAUCAGUGUUAAUUCAUUUUAUUUUUGUAGUUCAUACAAAAUUUAAUUUAAAUUUCUUUAUUUCACAAAGCCAACAAGGACAAAUGUCAUUUCCAGCUUCAGUGCCACAAAAUGUUUUCACCUCUUUUAUGUUUUACCAUAUUAUUGAUUUUAUAAAUCAAUCACAGUCAAUAUAAUUUGGCUUUUUGACCAAAAUAUACCAAAAAAAAUCCCUUUAAUGUUAAAGUGAAAACACCCUCAGCCACAAUCACAGCACAGCUAGACAUUUUUUCUCCAUUCUUUGCCAACCUGCUCAAGCGUGGUCAGGUUGCACUGGGAUCAGGCUCUUCUCAAGUCCAGCCACAAAUUCUCUAUAGGAUUGAGGUCUGGGCAAAAAGGAAAAAUAUAUUGUUUAAGAUUAAUUAAUGAAAUCAAUGAAAGGGGGUUAGUUCUUUUUAUGGGCACAGUAGCUGCGUGGAAAUUCAGUCACAACAUUGGAAACAGAUUUUGUUCUGAUGCAGAAAUGUUUAAUUCAUGUGUAGAGACUCUCGAACACCCAGCUGUUAAGCUACUGUUUUUGUUUUCAACAGCAUUUGUGUCACACCAUUCUAGCCAGAUAAACUCCCAUAGAAAAUGUGAGUUAGCUCUGUAACCUUUCAAGACAAACUGAGGGUGCUUUUCCUUUAAAUUCCUUUUCCCCAGUCUUCUUCUGUCCUUUACUUGUGACAUAUCCGUCUAAGAGCUCCUGCUUGAGCUCUUUAGUGUUGAAGGUAUUAUCAGCAGACAAAGUGCCAGAUAAUAGCAGUAAAAGGCUUUACUAUGAGCUUGGUUUUUAUGUUAAGAGGCGAACAAUGCUUAUUUUAUGGUUUUCAACUUCAGGCCUUAAUUUAGAAGGUUUUAUUUUCUAGUGUGUCUGGACCAAACACUCCCUUUAUAGCUUAAGGAUCAGUUUUCAAUCAGAUGCACUUUUUUGUGUAAAAUGAAUGUUGUGGAGUUUUUGUUCUCGUUACCAAAUUUAUUUUUUAUUUUUUAUUUUUUUUUUACUUCAAAUGUGAAAAUAGUUUAAUUCUUUUUAAUUUAUAUCCCCAUGUCAAGUCCAGGUGGGUUCUAUAAGCAAAUGUAUACUAUGUAAGGAUUUAUUUUUUAUAUUCAGACUGUGUCAGCAUUGAAUGAUACUUUGGGGAUUUUGUGUAGUUAAAUUGUUGAAAGCAGCUGGUUUUGCAGACAUUAGAGAAUAUGAUUUUUAAAUGAAAAAUGGGUGGAAAAGGGACUCUGACCACACGCUGUGUGUUCCAGCUCAACAAAAUACACAUUCUUAGCUACAAUUAGCAGUAUUACCUGACGGGCUGUGGAUGUAGUGGCCAAAUUUACAAGAAAAUCUAUCAGGAAUAUUUUAACAUGUGAUGCACAAGUCACUGCGGUAAAAUUAAAAAGUGUGUGUGAGCCAAAGACGAGCCGGACCAGAGCCAGUGCUGGAUUUCAGAGUCUGCUUUUCAACCCAGAUGACAAUUUUGUUUAUCCCAGGGUUCAAACGAGUCCAGUAUUGAAAGAUUAUCUGGGCAAAGGGCUUCCUGCUGCCUAAUAUGAGAACUCUCUAUGUGGCCGCUACAAGCUAAAGGCAGCUAAAACAUGUUGCAAUUAUUCAUUUUAAAGAAAAAGACAAAGAACCCUGUGGUAAGCAAAUGAACCUAGACUAGGAGAUCUCUCUAUAUGUAAAUGUAUGAGUAUGUAUCAUGACAGGACUUGCAGUGCAAAGUCUGAUGUACUAAAUGUAUUAUACAGCAAGGAAAGAUAGUAUGUUUGAAGAGUGUUAUAUAUACAUAUAUAUAUUGUAUACUGUAUAUAUGUCAUGCCCUUUCUUCUAAAGUAAUAAAUUGUUUUGAAA